CGUAUAUAUAACAUAUAUAUUACAAUUUACUGACACAUCAGUGAAUUGUACAAAUUUUUCUAAACCUGGAAGAUUUGUACGUUGGCCUAAGGGGAGAUGGGGUUAUUCCAAUGUAUUGAUCAACUGUAGCUCAGGACCACACCUACUAGUGGUGGGUGGAUCUCAUACCAAAGACUGUUGAUUGUUAAAUAUAAGCAAAAUGGAAUGGAAAGAACUAACUAUACCAGACAGUUUCACUAAUAGAUAUUAUCAUUCUCUCUCAGUUUGGAAUGAAACACAGAACACUCACUGGAUAAUUGAGUUUGGAGGGUUGAGAAGUGGUUCAAUACUCAGUAAUACAAUAUUUAUUGAAACUAUAUCUCGUCAUGAUUUGGUAGUGCAACCAGUACUGGAUAUUAAUGGAUAUCAAAAGAGAAGAGUACUGGAUCCUCUAUCAGAUCCUUCAUCAGAUAAAGACAUUCUGGACAAGAAGCCCCACAACAAUGACCUCCUUAGGCUAUUCAAAAGUUGUUCUUCCCAUCACACUGUCAUUGGUACUGCACUUGAUGUUAAAGUUGAUGAUCUGUUGCCUUACCCACAGUCAACCACUAGCAAUCUCAUACUAGUAUUCCAGAGAUGGAAAGACUCAGGUAAUGAUGUGACCUGGAGGAAGGUCCUGCAAGUUUGUGAUGAUUAUUCAGAGGAACUUGGGAGAGUAAAAGCUGAAGUGGAAGGAUUUCUUUCAUCACACAGAGCCCAUGAUAAUUAUUAAGAAUAAAUAUAUGCAUUGUGUGACUGCAUGCUUUGUAAAUUGUAUAUAGUUUUCAUUUUACCUUUGCUUUAUUCAAAAAUUAACCUGUAAAAUUUUUAACUCAAA